GUCAUCUUCAUUACAUUCUGCUUUGCCAAAGUCAUUCCGUGAUCUUGUAAUGGAAGAAGAAAAACGCCUGAGUGCAAAUCAUUCAUCUGGUACUGGUAUCAAAAGAGCUAGAUAUAAAGGAACUGAGGAUUCAUCAGUCCAAAACACCAUAAGGUGCACCACUAGAAGUAGCCCAGGUCUGGAAGACCAUGUUCUGGAUUCUCCACAGCUGGAGAGUCCUAAUCCUUGGUUAGCAGCAUCACCAACUAGCUCUCCUGUGAUAGCACCUGUCAUGUUUUCAGCUAUUGUAGAGGAAGAGCUCCAGCAAGAAGCUGCUCUUAUUAGGAGCAGAGAAAAACCUUUGGCUUUGAUCCAGAUAGAGGAGUGUGCUAUUCAAGAUUUAUUAAUCCACUAUGAAGCUUUUGACAACCCUGAUGAAUUUGUGACUGUUGAAAGGGCUCCGCAGGGACCUAUAGCAGCACCUAUGUGGAACAAGCACUGAUUCGUACUCUUCACAGUCCAUGUUGGAUGUGCACUUCUAAGUUCUAGUUCUUGUUACAAGUAAAACGGGACUGGAGGAACAGGAAUCAUGUAAUUUUUAACAUCAGCAUUAAAACACUGCACAUAAUCACUAGGUAUUUGUUAGAGAGAGUGGAAAUAAUGUGUU